CACAGGAGCCUCGGCGCCCUGGCUGACACACACUGCAGCCUCGGCCUUCCCCGAUCCAUCGAAGCCGAAGAAGGAACGAGCUCUCUCCCAAAUUCCCAUCUGACAAAGUGAAAAGAAAAACACGCGCCCCCGGUUCGUAAACCCAAAGCGCGAGAGCGGCCGCGUAUCGUUGCCGCGCUCCGAUUUGAACCGGUGGUCCGUCCGCCAAUCCUCGCCUCGCCGCCCCCUCCGUGAGGCGGCGCGUGGCGGAAACCCUAGCCAUGGCGGCGUCCGUGGACGCGGCGCCUCCUCCUCCUCCUCCUGCUCCCCCGGCCCCCGCGGCGGAGGACACCGGCGGCGGCGGCGGCGGUGGAGGCGACGACGCGGAGCAGGCCAGGACGCUCAUCGGCGCGCUCAACCUGCUGUCGCGCAACCUCCCGCUUCCCCCCGCCGUGCUGCGCGCCGUCUCGGAUAUCUACCACGGCGCCAAAGACGCGGACGCGGGGGAGGGUGAGGAGGAUGAGGAGGGAGGGGGCCAGGAGCUGGCGGUGGUCGCGGAUGGAGGCGGCGAGGGGGGACCUUCGGGCGCCGGCGGCACAGUGGAGGAGGGCGCCUUGAUUCAAGAGUUUGAAGAUGCUAUAUUUACGAACCAAAUGACGCACAUGUCUUGCUCAAAAUUGAAUGCUCUAAAAGAAGAACGCUUCAAUACCUCCAUCCAGCAUCGGUUAGCUGAACUCGAAGGUUUACCAUCUACUAGGGGUGAAGAUUUGCAAAUGAAGUGUUUGCUUGAAUUGUAUGGGCUAAAGUUACUAGAGUUACAGAAGAAAGUGCGGUCCGAUAUCUGUGCUGAAUACUGGUUACAGAAGAAGUGUGCAUAUCCUGAGAGACAAUUGUAUGACUGGGGCAUGAUGCGGAUACGAUAUCCUUUUGCCAUGUAUGGAAUAGGGGAUGGUUUUUCAAUGGAUAGUGAUGAUAUUCAUCGCAAAAAGAGAUUUGCCGAGAGGAUCUCAAAACUUGAGGAGGAGGAAAAGAACCAGGCCGAGAACAGGAAGAGGAAAUUUUUUGCAGAAAUUCUUAACGCUGCUAGGGAAUAUCAGUUGCAAACAUCUGCUACUUACAAACGAAGAAAGCAACGUAAUGAUGGUGUUCUGGCAUGGCAUGUUCGGGCACGCCAACGUAUCACUCGGCUUGAAAAAAGUAGAUUGCAAGUUUUGAAAGCAGGUGAUCAAGAAGCUUAUAUGCGGAUGGUUGAGGAGAGCAAGAAUGAACGCCUGAAAAUGCUCCUUGAUAAGACAAAUGAGCUUCUUGAAGGAAUUGGGAAAGCUGUACAGCGUCAAAAAGAUGCUGAGCAUGUUAGUCGGCCUGAAGUGUCAAAAGACUCAGAAUCUGAUGAAUUCCCUGGGGAGUCUCCUUCAGACGAUGAUGCAGAUACUCAUGGUCCUGCAGAUAAUAGUAAAUUUAAUGCUGGCCGUAGGCUUGAUUCUACUGUCCAUUCCAUUGAAGAGAAGGUGACAGAGCAACCGUCAGCUCUUGUAGGCGGGGAACUAAGACCAUAUCAAAUAGAAGGCCUCCAAUGGAUGCUCUCUUUAUUCAACAAUAAUUUGAAUGGUAUUCUGGCUGAUGAAAUGGGUCUGGGGAAAACAAUUCAGACUAUAGCUUUGAUCGCUUAUCUAUUGGAAAAGAAGGAGGUCCCAGGGCCACACUUAAUAGUAGCUCCAAAAGCAGUACUACCAAAUUGGUCUAAUGAAUUCAAACAAUGGGCUCCGAGCAUUGGUACAAUUCUGUAUGACGGUCGUCCAGAUGAGAGGAAAUCUCUAAGGGAGACAAAUUUUGGGGGUCAAUUUAAUGUUUUGCUCACACACUAUGACUUGAUACUAAAAGAUAAGAAGUUUCUGAAGAAGGUUCACUGGAAUUAUUUGAUAGUUGAUGAAGGACAUCGUUUGAAAAAUCAUGAAUGUGCUCUUGCUCGCACACUAGUUUCCGGAUAUCUGAUCCGCCGCAGACUACUUUUGACUGGUACUCCAAUCCAAAAUAGCCUACAAGAGCUGUGGUCGUUGCUUAACUUCAUUCUACCUAAUAUUUUUAACUCAUCUGGGAAUUUUGAGGAAUGGUUUAAUGCACCUUUUGCAUGUGAUGUUAGCCUUAACGACGAGGAACAGCUAUUGAUCAUACAUCGUUUGCAUCAAGUUUUGCGUCCAUUUUUGCUCAGGAGAAAGAAAGAUGAAGUGGAAAAGUAUCUCCCUUCGAAAACACAAGUAAUACUGAAGUGUGACUUUUCUGCUUGGCAAAAAGCAUACUAUGAGCAAGUCACAAGCAAGGGAAGGGUUGCCCUUGGAUCCGGGCUCAAAUCGAAGGCCUUGCAAAACCUAUCAAUGCAGCUAAGGAAGUGUUGCAAUCAUCCUUACCUAUUUGUUGAGAAUUAUAACAUGUAUCAGCGGGAGGAAAUUGUUAGAGCAUCAGGGAAGUUUGAAUUGCUUGACAGGCUUCUUCCAAAACUGCGUAAAGCUGGUCACAGGGUCCUCCUCUUUUCUCAGAUGACAAAAUUGCUUAACGUUCUAGAAGUAUAUUUGCAAAUGCACAGUUUCAAGUACAUGAGGCUUGAUGGAUCCACAAAAACUGAAGAACGGGGGAAAUUAUUGGCAGAUUUUAAUAAAAAGGACUCAGAAUACUUCAUUUUUCUUCUUAGCACACGGGCUGGAGGCCUUGGAUUGAACUUGCAGACAGCAGACACUGUUAUUAUUUUUGAUAGUGAUUGGAACCCUCAGAUGGACCAGCAGGCUGAAGACCGUGCUCAUCGUAUAGGACAGAAAAAUGAAGUGCGUGUAUUUGUUCUUGUUAGCGUUGGGUCAAUUGAAGAAGAGAUCUUGGACCGUGCAAAACAAAAGAUGGGUAUUGAUGCAAAAGUUAUCCAGGCUGGGUUAUUCAACACAACAUCCACAGCACAGGACAGGCGAGCAUUGCUACAAGAGAUCUUGAAGAGAGGGACUAGCACACUUGGAACUGAUAUCCCUAGUGAGCGUGAGAUAAAUCGCCUGGCUGCUCGGACUGAGGAUGAGUUCUGGUUGUUUGAGAAGAUGGAUGAAGAGAGGCGGCGGCGAGAAAACUAUAAAUCCAGGCUCAUGCAGGGAACCGAGGUUCCAGAAUGGGUGUUUGCUAAUAAUGAAACCUUAGCUGAGAAGCUCCUCGCAGAAGAAGCUAAGAAUCCUGUGAUAAAUACCAAGAGACGUAGGAAGGAAGUUAUCUAUUCAGACUCUUUUGUUGAUCCAUGGAUGAAACCUGAGGAUGGAAGUGAAGACAAUCCAAAGAUGACUCCAAGAGCAAAGCGGAGUGCUUAUAUAUCCGACAUACAAGAAGUCGAUAUACAGGAGAGGACGAAAAGGCUAAAAUCUGUGGAAGUCAGUGCCGACGGUUCAAGCAACCCAACCUGGACACCAGAUAAAGGAAGAGCUGGAGUUUCUUCCUACAGCAGGGACGAGAACGAAGAUGAUGGUGACGACGAAGUUACCACCAGUGGUCUGCAUCAGGCAGGCGGCUUCACAUGGAAUACCCUGAGGAGGAAAAGGUCAAGCCACUUCACCCAUUCCUCGUCAGACCCAAAAGGGCGCUCAGCCUUCUAACUCCAUCCAACAGCAGUGCUGCUCCAACUUGUUCGAAGCCGUUCCUUGAGGAAGGAGUGCGUGCUCCUUGAGAGACAACAUAACAUGGUUAUUUUAUUCCCAUUUAGAAGCACAAUCUAUGGUCAUCAACUUUAGGAGUACUAUAGUGAUGUUUCCUGUAUGUACUUGUUGGCGUCAAUCUAUAUCCUCUAGAACCCGCAAAUCAAAUGUUUAGGGAUGUGUUGAAAA